GAGCACAUCAUGCUGCAAGAGGCAGUCCGUCCAGGGUCCAGCCAUUGGCGAUGUGCUCCGUCACACACAGCUGACUGCGGCGUUGAUCCUUGUAACUGCCUUUCUUGAUAGCUGCCCACGUUGCAUGUCUACGCUGGCAAUGCGGUCUUCUUGUAGAGGAGGAUGUCGGCAAGAUGCAGAGCGGGAGAAGAGAGGCGAGAGAGACGGAAGCAUAAAAGGUAUGGGAAGAUGGCAUACCUCGAUAGAGGGCACCUCCCUGCUUCUACCCCUUUCUCCCUCAACGCCUUCAACAUCAGUCACACAUCCAGCCAUGGCAAGUUGCCAGGUGCAGGGCCAGCCCGACCUCUACGGCCUGGGCAUCCGCGUCGCCUUCUACAUCCAAUGGUUCGGCGCCAUCGUGAUAGAGUAUCUCGACAUGGAAGACCUCCCCGACAUACGCCUCAUAGGCCUCCUCUUCUCCGCCGCAGCCUUCCUCGGCCUCGUCAUACGGCUCUCCGUCGCGGCGGGCAGCGCACAGCCGGCCCACGUCUACAUUGUCCUCCUGCUCGCCAUGGGUAUCCACAUCCCCCUCGUCCCGCUCUACCUCUGGAAGGCGGUGACGUGCUUCAAUCGGUACUGGGAUCCGUUUCGAUGGUCCAAGGAGACGCCGAGCCCGGCGUACAAGGGGCUUAAUUUCGCAUUGUUGCUGGCCAUUUCGUCGCUGGGCGUGUGGUAUUGGUGUUCUUUUGUGCCGGAGAACGAUUGUUCUCGGGAGCAGUAUGGGUUCUUCUUCAGUCGCGUGAGCUUGGGGAAUAAGGCGUUUGUGGCGUUUAAUGCCAUCAUGUACUUUGUCAUUCUGUUUGUGUGUUUGCUCGUCCUCCUGCUCAAGGUCGGUUGGAAAGUGCCCUUUUGGAGGGAGAGGCGGAAGAAGCGGAGAGUCAAGAGAAUGCACAUCAUGGCGAUCAAGGAGUUGAAGACGCUGAGCAACGUCGCCGUUGCUGCAACACUUACCGCGGCCGUCGAGCUGGCCGUCGUCUGGAAUCACAUCUCCAACGUGGACAAUGUCGCGGACGUGGCGCAGGUCUUGCCUUUGCUGGUCAGCGCCGGCUUCCUGGUCCGGAUCCUGUUCCUUCAUUUCGCGGGCGUACGUGACGGGUCGGAUUCGUCAGAAGAGGAUAGUGAUGGGGGAUCGCACAGUUACAUGACGGAGUCUCAGGGCGGGUUGCCGCCGGCACCGCCGCCUGUCCAUCCGCGGUGACGGCGCAGUGGCUGUGAUUGUUAGAUAUGCUGGGUGAUGAGUUGGACGGGAGGUGUGCAUUAUCGUUUCUAUAUACCAAGCACGCAAG